AUGGCGCGUCUCUCUCAUUUCUCCUUCAUCGUCCUCGCGGCAUUCUCCCCCGUCCUAUUCUCUCCCUCUCAGGGGAUAGAGUCCCCUCAGUUCACCGUUCUCCACACGGAGUCGGACUUCGAGUUGCGACUCUACCGGGAGUGCUCGUGGGUGUCGGCAACCUCUCGUGAGAUGUCCUUUGAGAGAGCGACGAGGCAAGGAUUUCAUCGGUGAGUUUCCGUUCUAUUUAUCUGAACGUUGACGCCCCGGGGGUUUCUUUCCCCGGGCGGAAACUCUAUUCCUCGCUUCUGCACGGCUCUCGCUGCCCUAACGGCGUAGGUUGGAUGAGAAUCCAGCGACUAUCAAUCCUAAUUCCCGUCACAAUAUCUGGAUUGGUUUGGAUUGGAUUGGGUGGACUAUUUAGCUUCACAAGCGUCUAGGCUCUUCUCUGGCCGAUCGAAUUGUUGAUUCAGGAAAACGUAAGGUCCCGGGAGGAUUGAUGGAUGCGUCAGCCCGAGAAGUUCUAGUGCUUGGGUUUUUUUUUGUAAAAAUAAGUUAGUUUAAUGAUCCACGCUUGCGGCAAUUCUUCAUUGGAAGAGUUUCCUGAUCUUUGCCAUCUAAUAAAUUGAAGAAAUGCAAAAAAAUAUGAUAUAUUUACCUUUAAUGUCACAAUAUCUGGGAAAAUUAGGGUCCGAGGCUGAUCAUUUGAAAUGACAUGAGUAUCGACCUUCGGGAACAUAUAGGCUUUAAUUUGCAUUGCUGCAAAUUCUUAUUUGGAAGUGCUUACCGUGAUAAUUUUCUGAGGUCAACCCUCCAAUUAAUUUGAUUGAAUAUAAAAAAUCGGGCCCCAUUAUUAUUGAUGCAUAUAAUUCCCGGCAAAAAAUGGAUCAAAUUACUAAGAUUCUUUCUAUUUUGAGAGUUAUCGGAUCUGUCUCUAGGAUGAUGCACAUCAUGUAGAUUCUCUCGUCGAUGGGCUCAGCUAUCAACCAAAAAAAUUCUUUCCCUCGCAUGUGCAAAGGAGACACAUUAACCUUCCAUAUGGUAUGUAAGUAGUAGGUCUAUGAAUGCUUACGUCUGGAUUUUUGGUUGCCAUCAUCAUUAUUUCAUCAUUUGUUCAUCGGUUAUAUGGUAAUUGGGUGCUUCACCUUGAUUCCCGGAGCAGAAAAUAUGCAGUUUCUCCUCUCCCUUGAAGAUAAUCUCUUCUAAAAUCCCUUCUCUCUUCUUUCAUUCUCUACUGCAAAAAAAUAAAUAAAUUGUUUCCCCUGAAAACAUAAUAUACCUGAAUAUAUUGUAUAUAAAUAUUGGUAAGAAUCCUGGGUCGGAGACAGUGAUUGGAUUGGGGAUGAGAAGCUCUAAUCUGGUAGCUGCUGCAACUAAUUUUCCAUCCUUGGUCAGAUCAAUGGGGUGUUUUUUUUUCCCCCUUGGAAAUAAUCUGAAGAUUAUUUCCUCCUUGAGAAGCUUUGUUGCGUUUAUUUUAUUUUAUUUUUAAUUUCUUACAAGCGUCUGGUGGGUGGGCAGUAGUCUUCUUCUGUCUCAAGAUCCGGCUGAUCUCGCAGGCUGUUCCAGUACAUCCAGGGAGCCAAUCUCAACAACUCGCGUAUCGCCAUGACCGCCCCGGUCUUGACGAGCAUCCACCCCGACGCGGGUCCCCUCCACUCGUUCGCCUACGCCGUGCGGCUCUACCUGCCGGAGAAGUUCCAGGCGGCGCCGCCGGUCCCCCUCCCCGAGCUGGACCUUCAGCCGGAGACCUGGGCCAGCCGCUGCGUCGCCGUGAGGAGGUUCUCCGGCUACGCCCGCGACGGGAACAUUGUCAGGGAAGCGGAGGCUCUCGCCGCCAGCUUGGGCAGAACUCCCUGGGCCAACUCCACCGCCGGCGGCGGCAGCUACGCCUACUCCGUCGCUCAGUACGACUCGCCGUUCCGAUACAUCGGCCGGGUCAACGAGGUCUGGGUCGAGAUCGACGGGUCCGCCCACCCUGGUUGCCCAGCUGCUACUGUCCUCCAGGCCUCCUAA